AUGACUUUGGAUGAUGAUGAAAAAUGCCCCCUGUGUGUCCAGUCAAUAGAAACAAAUGAAUUAGACUGGAUUUUGUGUAAUUUUUGCCGUGUCUGGUUCCAUUGUAAAUGCGUCGAUCUAACAAAACAAGAAACUGACAGAAUUUCAGUGUAUCAUUGUCUAAAGUGUCAACGGACCAAAUAUGCAGGCCCUUCAGUUAUGAAACGGAAAUCCAAACGCCACCAGCCCAAAGUUGACUAUGUUGCAUUGAAUGAUGGUGACCAGGUUCGAUUCAUUAACAGGCAUCCUCACAUUAGUCAUUUCGAACAGUUUCAAAAUGACAGACCUAUUCAUAAUUUGAUUUACAUGGUGAGACCUAAUGAUCGCAAGACGGAGAAGACCAAUGGAAUAAUCAACGAUGCUACUAUAAAUGAAAUAAUCAAUGAAACACAGCUUACCAAACCAAUAUUGAUACCCUCUGCAAACCCUCACCUUAAUCCAGACCCGGAGCUUAAACGAGUAUACCAGCUGGAUUUUGAGUUUCCCAAGGAUUUAACUGUUUCCGAAGUGACUGAGCUAGUAGGAAAAGAGACACCUGUUGAGGUAAUGGAUGUUUUAACUCAAGAGAAUUCUUCAUGGACAAUGCUUAAAUGGAGAGAUUACUAUAACGCUGACCCUAACAGUAGAGAUAGAAUUAGGAAUGUCAUUAGUCUAGAGGUAUCAGAUUCUAUUCUUGAAAAGCUCAUCCAAAUCCCACGUUUUGUGAAGGAUAUAGAUAUUGUCAAUUGUUUGUGGUCAUCUUCGAAUUUUCAAGACCAUCUCAAUAACCAUGCGAUAAAUGUAUCUAAACCGAAGGUGACUAAAUACUGCCUCAUGUCUGUGCAGAAUUCUUUUACUGAUUUCCAUAUCGAUUUUGGGGGUACCUCAGUUUAUUAUACAGUUCUAAGGGGACGCAAAACGUUCAUACUGUACCCUCCCACCAAGCAAAAUUUAAAAUCUUAUGAACAAUGGUGCAAUAUGCCAGAUCAGAAUAAGGUAUGGUUUGGCUCAUUGGUUAAACCUCAAACAAAACCUGUAUUUCCAUCUAGUUAUAACAAUAAUGGUAUUAAAAUAGAGGUGAUGCCCGGAGAUUUACUUAUCCUUCCCUCAGGUUGGAUUCAUGCUGUUUUCACGCCUGAAGAUUCCCUUGUCAUAGGCGGUAAUUUCCUAACUUAUCUUAACAUUCCUACGCAUUUGUUGAUCUACGACAUUGAAUAUAGGACAAAAGUCCCUGAGAGAUACAAGUUUCCUAACUUCAAUAAACUUAUUUGGCUUCUAGGAUACUUUAUUCUUAACGGACAUGACAGCGGGAAAUGGUCGUCAUACGAAACACAGCAAAGUUUAUUAACGUUCUAUCAAGCUCAAUUAUCCGUUCUCAUGACCAAAAGUACUGAUAAAUCAAUCACAAGAAUUAAGUCGAUUAUCAAGAACUCUAUCCCGUUCAAGCUAAUAGGGAGUAUAGAGGGUUUUUUGGAUGAGUUUCAAGAUUCUCUUAAGUAUUUGAGAAAAGAUCAACCAGAAGGACCAACACCGAAGAGGAUAAAAAUGAAUAAUUGA